AUGAAUCUUACCGAGUAUCUGUUCUGUCGCAUCCAUCAACUGGGCAUUCGAUCAGUCUUUGGCUGUCCCGGUGAUUUCAACCUCGUCUCACUGGAUUACCUUGAACCAUGUGGUCUCAACUGGGUGGGUAACACGAACGAGCUGAAUGCCGGUUACGCAGCCGAUGGCUAUUCGCGCAUCAGAGGAAUCUCUGCGUUGAUGACAACACUUGGUGUCGGAGAACUCUCCGCCAUCAACGCCCUCGCUGGGUCGAAUGCAGAGCUGGUGCCGGUUAUCCAUAUUGUCGGAUACCCGUCGACUGCUAUUCAAGAGAAGGGACUUCCGAUACACCAUACCCUGGGGGAUGGCGACUUUGAGCGAUUCGCCCGGAUGAGUGCCGAGAUCUCAAGCGCAGUGGUCGUUCUCAAAGACAAGUUCAAUGCAGCCAGAUUGAUCGAUGAGACAAUCCUCGAGUGUCUUCGUUCGAGCAAGCCGGUUUAUAUCGGUUUGCCGAUGGAUCUCGUUCGGGUAGAGGUGGACCCAUCUCCGCUUGCGCAGCCUCUGGCCGUCGAGGACCCCGCUCCUAACCCCGUGGUGGAGGAGGAAAACGCAGUGAAUAUGAUUCUAGAUCGUAUUCUAGCCGCUCAGAGUCCGAUCAUCAUCGUCGAUAGUUUGGCUGGGAAGCCGGAUACCUUGAAGUCGGCCAGAUCAUUCGUAGAACGAUCGGGACUACCGUGUUUCAUCACGCAGAUGGCAAAAGGGAUCAUUAAUGAAGAUUUGCCCAAUUUCCGCGGAAUUUGGGCUGAGAGGGUCUCGCAGCCUACCAUCCUUGAAGAGAUUCAAAGCUGUGACCUGGUCUUGAAUAUUGGGCCACGGUCGACGGAUAUCAACACGGCUGGGUUCAAAACUGAUGUGCCCCACACUGAGACCAUCAAGUUCGAGAGCGAUAGAAUUUCACUUCGCUUUGAAGAGUUCCCGGGCCUUGCUGCGAGUGGUGUUCUCUUCAAACUCGGCGAUGCCCUUUACAGGGACGGACGCUCUAGCCCAUCGACCUCCAUCCCCUCACGCCAAUCCAACGAUACUUCCGACGCACCUCGGUCCGUCUCGUCAACUUCCACCGUUCCUCCAAGCAUUAAUAGUGAUGCGAUCGUGGAGUUUCAAGGCAACAAAGUCGACCGCUCCGCCCUGUUGACCCAAGACUGGGUAUGGAAGAGGAUCAGCCACUGGCUUGAAGAAGACGACAUCAUCGCCGCAGACAUGGGGACAUCUAGUUUCGGUACACUGUGGUCACAUUAUCCGCGCGGGGCAGUUCUUCUGACACAGUUGCUGUGGUGCUCGAUUGGAUACGCCGUGGGCGCAGCGGUGGGAGCCGCACUCGCCGCGCGGGAAGAUGACCAGAAGCCCGGGGGCCGGAAGCGUCGCACUAUCCUCUUCACCGGCGACGGCAGUCUCCAAAUGACUGUACAGGAGGUCAGCACCAUGGUGCGGCGCAAACUAGGUAUCACCAUGUUCGUGGUCUGCAACGAGGGUUACACGAUCGAACGCCUGAUCAACGGAGCAGAGGCGGAAUACAACGACAUUCAGCCCUGGGACUAUAAAUUGCUGCCUAGCACGUUCCAGGCUGCGCCCGAGAGCGCCCGCACCUACGCAGUCCAUACUCAGGCUGAACUGGAUAUGCUCCUGCUGGACCCUUCGUUCGGACCCGCCGAAGAUUUCGAUGAUCCACCUCUGCGACUGGUUGAGCUGCACAUGGCCAAGCACGAUGCGCCAGAGUCAUUGCGUGGGCUUAUGGAUAUCAUGGUCCAUGGGAAGUGA